AUGAACACUCUUCCAACAGAACUCGUUCGCAGCAUCUUCCUGUUUUGCGCUAGGGAUGAGUCGCUUGGUGGACUGAUACGUCUUGAGCCGAAAUCAGCGCCUAUUCUCUUGACACAAAUCUGCCAUGAAUGGCGCGAUGUUGUCUACGAUAGCCCAGAAUUGUGGUCGAACCUGAUCCUCCCUUCUCUAUCUGGUUUUCACGAUCGAGAAACGGCAGAACCGCUACUGCUCACAGUAAGGAGAUGCAUCGCCUUGUCCUCUUCACUUCCUUUCUCCUUUCGUUAUACCGACCUCCAAGGACCCACCGCGCUCGUCAAAGAGUACCUCAGCAUUCUAUACGAGCAUGCACAUAGAUGGCACACUGUCGAUCUGCAUAUUCCCAGCUACGACGCACUGGCUAGGAUGUCACUCAAAGCUACGCCAAUGCUCGUCAGCAUCAAAGUCUUGGCUAGCUCUACACUAGCGUUUGACAGUAUUGCAACAAACCCUCUCAUGCACUCCCUACAGCAAUCGUCGACUCUACGCAACCUCUCCGUCGGUUUCAUCGACCGCAUUCUCCCCUUCGUACGGGCCAUAUCUCAGUGCGGCGAGCUCCAUUCCCUCAGCUUUCAUCACAUACAAAGACGAUUCGAAGAUGAACAUGAGACCGACGUUUCAUCGCUUUUCAUGCCGCAUCUGAAGCGACUAUCCAUGACGUGGAGAGGUUGGAAUGUAGGCUCCGCUUACAGAACUCUCCUUCCACUCCUAUUCGCGACGAGUCUUCGGGAACUGAACCUCGAAAUCUAUACGAGCCCGUCGUCUACGCUUCGCGGCUUGUGCGGCCCACUGCACGCCAUGCUUUCGCACUGUUCAGAAACGCUGACAAGCCUGAACCUACGUAACGCAUUGAUGUCUACCCCCGAGCUCAUCACCAUCCUCGAUUGCGUCCCCAACUUGAUGCACCUUACCUUGUACGGCAUGAUUAUAACUGUUCCCAUCAUCUCCGCUCUCACUCUACGGUUCUCCUCGUCGGGCGUCCUGCAGUCCGGCCGUAACACGCGAUUGAAAGUCAUCGUCGUGGGCGGUAUGUCCAACCUUCGUCCGGAGGACUUCACGAGGUUCCAUGUUGAUCGAGGAGAGUUAGAAGCAUUUUGGUCGAAAGCGAUCGCCAUGGUCGAGUCCAGGUGGCGCCUGCCUACCGAUGCGUCGAAUGCGGAUGGUUCUCGGGUUGAGCGUCUCGAACGGUGUUACAUCGAGAGCGAAUGGACCGGGUGGCAUCAGCGGAGCCAUAUACGACAAGCUGCUCCGGAGCAGUGGACUCGGGUACAAGGCAUGGUGGCAGAAGGAUUCGUGUGGGGCGAGCGGAGUGCUCACUGGCAGUAA